UAAAAUUACACUCCGCUACUUAAAUAAUAUUUACUCAUCUUUGACCUUGUAACUAACAUUUAAAGAGCACUUCUAAGUUAAUCUACACAGUGAUGGAUUUGUAUCAGUAAAGUGGUUGUACAGUUUUUGCUAAAUGUCUAUUAAUAAAACACGACCAACUCACAACUGUUCAGUUGUCGUUAUAAGUUUACUGUGUGCAUACGCAAACUUGCUCUUGAUAUAUCAGUAAAUAAAAAUGGAAAUAAAAUCGUUUGAUAAGUUAAUUGUUAAUUCGUUGUUGAAAGAUGGUAAGAAAUACGUUUCGAAUGAGUGUAAAAAUCUGUUAUCCAACGGUGAAAACUACGGAAGUAUUAUGCUCGAUGUGAAAGUUACGCUGACGGACAAGGAUGGAAAUGAAGAGGUCGUGAAUUGUGUUGCAAAAACUUGUCCGCCAAAAGGAAUUUGUUGGAUGAUUUUUAACGUACCUUACACCGUUAAGAAAGAAAUUGCGUUUUAUCAAACGGUAAUACCAACGUUAAAUAAUUUCGGAAAAACUCACGGAAUCGAUGAGAUUAUACCAUUUUUUGCAAAAACUUAUGGAAGUAGAAUAUCUUUAGAUCCCAAUUCAGAUGUUGUAGAUACAGAUGCCGCACUUUUAUUAGAAAAUAUGAAGUUAAAAGGAUACGGAUUACCCGAUAGAUUUAUCGGGUUUAAUUUAGAAGAAGCUAAAAUUGUUCUUAAAAAUCUAGCUACAUUUCAUGCUGUUCCUAUAGCGCUUAAACUCCAAAAACCAGAUGAAUUUAAAGAAAAAAUUAAACCUACACUAGCAAGAGAUAUGAAGUUCAACCCACCUUCCGAUAUGAUUGAUAAUCUUAUGGCGGUAAUAAAAAAUAUAUGUAUCGAUGCUAAAUUAGAACAUUUAUUACCUAAGAUAGAAAAAAAUUUUAAAAGAUAUUGCGAAGAACUCGUGGAUAAUCCAAAAAUUAAAGAACCUUUUGCUACAAUGGUCCAUAAUGACCUUUGGGUCAACAACGUAAUGUUUAAAUAUGAUAAUAACAUUCCAUCUAAAUGCAUUUUAGUUGAUUUUCAAGGACUUGAUUAUAGUUCUCCAACAAACGAUCUUCUAUUUCUUUUAUACACAAGCAUCGAUUUAUCAUUAAUUGAAACCAAAUUUGAUGAUUUAGUAAAAUAUUAUUUCGAAUCAUUUAUUGAUAUAUUAAAAAAAUUGAAAUGUCCGAAUAUAGAACAAUUUACUUUUGAAGCUUUUCUAGAAGAAAUGGCUUUAUUCGCUAAUGAAAUUCAAUUAUAUCAUAUUAUUCUUAUGUGUCAACCGAUUUAUAUGAAGAAAGAGGAUGCGAAAGAUUUAUCGAAAAUGGAAGAAACCAUGAAUUCUACCACGAUAAGUUCGUUACAUGAAAAUUUCAAGAAGAAAAUUAUUUUUGUUUUGUCCAAUUAUGAAAAACGAGGGAAUCCAACGUUCAGAUCGUUUCACUCGUUGCGGCAUCUCAUCAUGAAUGGUGACAUUGAAAUUAGAAAUAUAGAAAGUCUCUUUUCGGCUUUUUUAAAAAAUGGGAAGAAAUUCGUUUCGUACGAAUACGAAAAGUUAUUGCCGCCUGGUGAAAAUUAUGGUAGCAUUAUGUUAAAGUUAAAAGCAAUUUUAAGUGGGGAAAACGGUGAAGAAGAAAUUGUAAAUUGUGUAGCAAAAUUGGUGCCUCCAACUCCGUUCUUAUGGAAAAUGUUUAACACUCCGGUUACGUUCAAGAAAGAAAUUGGGAUGUAUAAAAUAAUUGGACCUUUACUUAACGAGUUUGGGAGAGAACAUGGUGUUGAUAAUUUAUUUCCUCUUUUACCUGAUUAUGUCGGAGCAAGAAUUUCAUUGGAUCCGGAAUCGACCGAAGUUGAUCACGACGCCGUUUUGGUUCUAAAGAAUAUUUUAGAAGAUGGGUAUGUUGUUGGUGAUAGAUUUAAGGGAUUCGAUAAAGAAACAACAAAUAUGUUUCUAAGGAGUUUAGCAGUGAUGCAUGCUUCAACCAUAGCUUUAAAGUUAAAAAAACCAGCUGUGUUUAAAGAAAAAAUACAUAAAUUAAUAGAAGUAAAAAUGCCUGUGGAAUUUAACGAAGAAUCGAUGCAAAAAGUUAUGAAACAAAUCCAAGAAGGUUUAAGCAGAAAUGAGAGAUGUCUACCUUACAUAGAAAAAGUAUUAACACAUCUAGAAAAAGUAGGUGAAUUAAUGACAAGUGACCCCAGAGAACCUUUCGCUACUUUAGUUCACAACGAUUUUUGGACGAAUAACAUGAUGGUUAAAUUUGAAAACGGGAAACCUGUGUCAACAAGAUUCAUUGAUUUUCAAAUCAUUGAUUACGAUAACCCAUUAAAAGAUGUCUUAUUCUUUUUGUACACAAGCACAAGACUGGAUUUAUUAGAAUAUGUUGACGAUUUCCUCGACGUAUAUUACAAAGAAUUUAUAUCCAUAUUAAAACGAUUAGAUUGUGACACAUCCCCGUUUUCAAAAUCAGCGUUUUUCGAUGAGAUAAAAGCGGCUGCUGAAAAAGAAUUAAUCCACAUCAUUUUCAUGUUACUACCUCUUUACACUAGAAAAGGAGAGGCGAAAGAACUGACGCAAAUGAAUGGCGAAAAUGAUAUCUUCGUUGCGGGAAGUAGUCUCGACGAUGGAUAUUAUCCCAGAUUACAUUUUGUGGUAUUAGAUUUUUUUAAAAGAUGUUGGAUAUAAAUAAAGUUGUUAUAAGAAA